AUGGAAGUUAUUAACAAAAUGCAGGGAAUAUGGUACAACUUAAUGAAUAACAUGUCAGAUCAAAGAGUUGCUAAUUGGCCUCUAAUGUCAUCACCAAUUCCAACAAUCAUGAUAUGUUUUUCUUAUGUUUAUAUUGUCAAGGUGCUGGGUCCAAGAUUCAUGGAAAGCAGAAAACCAUACAAACUUCGAUCACUAAUUGUAUUUUACAAUUUCCUACAAGUUCUCAUUAGUUUCUAUAUAUUCUACGAAUAUGCAUCGGCUGGAUGGUUUAAUGACUAUAGUUGGAGAUGUCAGCCUGUCGAUUUCUCAAGAUCAGAGUUUCCAAUGAGGAUGGCAGAAGUAUGCUGGUGGUACUAUAUUAGUAAAUUUUCUGAAUUCUUUGACACAUUCUUCUUUGUGUUAAGAAAGCGAUAUGAUCAAGUUUCAGUACUUCACGUUAUUCAUCAUGGAAUAAUGCCUUUUAGUGUUUGGUGGGGUGUCAAGUUUAUGCCAGGAGGUCAUAGCACAUUUUUCGCAUUACUUAACACAUUUAUUCACGUUAUAAUGUACACAUAUUACAUGAUAGCUGCAAUUGGACCAGAAAUGCAAAAAUAUCUUUGGUGGAAAAAAUACUUGACCAUUCUUCAAAUGAUUCAAUUCUGUGGCAUUUCAACUCACGCAUUCCAAUUAUUUGUCUCAAAUCCAUGCAACUAUCCUAUUGUCUUUUCAUAUUGGAUCGGUGGACAUGGCGUGCUGUUCUUCUUCUUAUUCAAAAAUUUUUACAAACAAGCUUAUAAGCACAACAAUAAACUCAAAGAUGAUACUGACAUCAAUGGAAAUGCAGUGAAUGGAAGCAAAUUCACUUCCAUAAACGGAAAUGACACCAGCUCCACAAAUGGUUUCAAUCAAAUAAAUGGAAUCAGCACAUUCAACGGAAUCAAAACAGAAUUUAAAAGCUCAUUCGACAUACUAAAUUGUGGAAAUCGAAAAGAAUCAAUAGAAAGUGAAAUUAUAGAAUAUAAAAAAGAUCUUUAA